AUGAAACUGAUUCGUCAUCCUGAACACCAGGGCGAUGAAUCAGCUUCAUCCAACUCUGAAUCUAUAGAAACUGACCACAAACGUCCAAACUACCAUCAAUGGCACGAUCGUGUAGUUCAAGGACACCAGGAUGACGAAUCAGUUUCAUCAAACUCUGAAUCUGUAGAAUCUGACACCACAAACGUCCAAACUACCAACAAUGGCACGAUCAUCUGGUUGAAGAGCACCAAGAAAAAUGUACCAGAUUCAUCAAACUCUGAAUCUAAAGAAUCUGAUCAUAAACGUCCAAACUACCAUCAAUGGCACGAUAGUGUAGUUCAAGAACACCAGGAUGAUGAAUCAGUUUCAUCCAACUCUGAUUCCGUAGAAUCUGACCACAAACGUCCCAACUACCAUCAAUGGCACGAUCGUUUAGUUCAAGGACACCAGGAUGAUGAAUCAGUUUCAUCCAACUCUGAUUCUAUAGAAUCUGAACACAAACGUCCAAAUUACCAACAAAGGUACCGUCGUCAGGUUAGAGAGCACCAGAGUGAUGAAUCAGUUUUAUCUAACUCUGGAUCUGUAGAAUCUGACCACAAACGUCCAAAUUACCGUCGUCUAGUCGAAGAACGCCAAGAUGAUGAAACAGUUCAGUCCAAGUCCGAAUCCGAGGAAUCUGAUGAUAAACGCCCAAAUUACAAUUGGUACCGUAGUCUGGUCAAAGAACACCAGGGUGAUAAAUCAGUUUCAUCUAACUCUGAAUCUAAAGAAUCUGACCACAAACGUCCAAAUUACCGUCGUCUAGUCGAAGAACACCAAGAUGAUGAAACAGUUCAGUCCAAGUCCGAAUCCGAGGAAUCUGAUGAUAAACGCCCAAAUUACAAUUGGUACCGUAGUCUGGUCAAAGAACACCAGAGUGAUAAAUCAGUUUCAUCUAACUCUGAAUCUAAAGAAUCUGACCACAAACGUCCAAAUUACCGUCGUCUAGUCGAAGAACACCAAGAUGAUGAAACAGUUCAGUCCAAGUCCGAAUCCGAGGAAUCUGAUGAUAAACGCCCAAAUUACAAUUGGUACCGUAAUCUGGUCAAAGAACACCAGGGUGAUAGAUCAAUUUCAUCUAACUCUGAAUCUAAAGAAUCUGACCACAAACGUCCAAAUUACCGUCGUCUAGUCGAAGAACACCAAGAUGAUGAAACAGUUCAGACCAAGUCCGAAUCCGAGGAGGAAUCUGAUGAUAAACGCCAGAAAUCUGAUAAAGUCCAUCCAAGAUGGGGAUUUUAUAGAUGCUUUCAGAAGUCUUGGCUAUGUGUGGUUCUAUUUUUGUACCACUCAACAACAAAGGCUGUACCUGUCCAAAUAACAAAUCCUAAUCAUGGCGAAGAAUUAAACCAUCUUUCCAGAGAUCUCAUAAAAGAUCAAGAUGUUUCUGAACUUUUUUACACGCCAGGAUUUCCAGUGCCACCUGAAAUAGAUGUAACAGCUCCUUAUCCGGAUCUAUUCCCGGAGCAAUCAGGAAUUACUGCAGGUUUUCCAAUCGAAGAUACUAAUGAUGAUUCUAAGGAAUCAGUUACAAGCAAAUAUCCGGGUACAAAACCUGGUUUUCCAGGAAAUCCAGAGAGCAGUGUUAUACCUAAUCAGAAUGCAAAUAGUUCUACUACGUUGAAGCCAGCAGAAGGAUCAGGAGAUGAGGUUGGUCACGAAAGUCAUAGCUCACACGAGAGUCACUCUUCUCAUGAAACUAACAACUCUCAUGAAUCUCAUACUUCACACGAAAGCCACACCUCACAUGAAUCUCAUAGUUCUCAUGAAAGCCACAGUUCCCAUGAAAGCCAUAGCUCGCAUGAGUCGUCUGGAAAUACUGAAGAAGAUUCUGAAACACCAACGCCAGGGUAUCCCGAAGAUUCCGGAAAUAUGGUUACUCCUGUAUUGCCAGAUAUAGGAGCCACUAAUGCUCCUGAAUUAAGCUCUACAGGGACUCCUAGGCCAACUCCAGGAAUUCCUGGACAUGGACACAAUUCUCACGAAAGUCAUAGUUCACAUGAAAGUCAUAGCUCUCAUGAAUCUAACAGCUCUCAUGAGAGCCAAACAUCUCAUGAGUCUCACAGUUCUCAUGAAAGUCACAGUUCACACGAGACGUCAGGAAAUUCCGGAGAAGAUUCUGGAAUAUUGGCUCCUGGAUAUCCAGGACAGCCCGGAAUUAACGUAACUCCUGAAUUACCAGAUACAGGAAACACGAAUUCUACAACACACAGUUCGACGAGUCAUCCAGGACCAACGCCAGGAAUUCCUGGCCAUGGCGAUUCUCAUGAAAACCACAAUUCCCACGAAAACCACAAUUCUCACGAAAGUCAUAGCUCACAUGAAAGUCAUAGCUCUCAUGAAUCUAAUAGCUCUCAUGAGAGUCAAACAUCCCACGAGUCUCACAGUUCUCAUGAAAGUCACAGUUCACACGAGACGUCAGGAAAUUCCGGAGAAGAUUCUGGAACAUUGGCUCCUGGAUAUCCAGGACAGCCCGGAAAUAACGUAACUCCUGAAUUACCAGAUGCAGGAAACACGAAUUCUCCAACACACAGUUCGACGAGUCAUCCAGGACCAACGCCAGGAAUUCCUGGCCAUGGCGAUUCUCAUGAAAACCACAAUUCUCACGAAAGUCAUAGCUCACAUGAAAGUCAUAGCUCUCAUGAAUCUAAUAGCUCUCAUGAGAGUCAAACAUCCCACGAGUCUCACAGUUCUCAUGAAAGUCACAGUUCACAUGAGACUUCAGGACAUUCAGGAGAAGACUCAGGAACAUUGGCUCCUGGAUAUCCAGGACAGCCCGGAAAUAACGUCACUCCUGGAUUACCAGAUACAAAUUCCUCAACACCCAGUUCUACGAGUCAUCCAGGACCAACGCCAGGAAUUCCUGGCCAUGGCGAUUCUCAUGAAAACCACAAUUCCCACGAAAACCACAAUUCUCACGAAAGUCAUAGCUCACAUGAAAGUCAUAGCUCUCAUGAAUCUAAUAGCUCUCAUGAGAGUCAAACAUCCCACGAGUCUCACAGUUCUCAUGAAAGUCACAGUUCACACGAGACUUCAGGAAAUUCUGGAGAAGAUUCUGGAACAUUGGCUCCUGGAUCUCCUGGACAGCCUGGAAAUAACGUCACUCCUGAAUUACCAGAUACAGGAAACACAAAUUCCCCAGCACAUUCUUCGACAAGUCAACCAGGACCAACUCCAGGAAUUCCUGGCCAUGGAGAUUCACACGAAAACCACAAUUCUCACGAAAGUCAUAGCUCACAUGAAAGUCAUAGCUCUCAUGAAUCUAAUAGCUCUCAUGAGAGUCAAACAUCCCACGAGUCUCACAGUUCUCAUGAAAGUCACAGUUCACAUGAGACUUCAGGACAUUCAGGAGAAGACUCAGGAACAUUGGCUCCUGGAUAUCCAGGACAGCCCGGAAAUAACGUCACUCCUGGAUUACCAGGUUCAAAUUCCUCAACACUCACUUCCACGAGUCAUCCAGGACCAACGCCAGGAAUUCCUGGUCAUGGCGAUUCUCAUGAAAACCACAAUUCUCACGAAAGUCAUAGCUCACAUGAAAGUCAUAGCUCUCAUGAAUCAAACAGCUCUCAUGAAUCAAAUAGCUCUCAUGAGAGUCAAACAUCUCACGAGUCUCACAGUUCUCAUGAAAGUCACAGCUCACACGAGACCUCAGAAAAUUCUGGAGAAGAUUCUGGGACAUUGGCUCCUGGAUAUCCAGGACAACCCGGAAAUAACGUCACUUCUGGAUUACCAGAUACAGGAAACACAAAUUCCCCAGCACAUUCUUCGACAAGUCAACCAGGACCAACUCCAGGAAUUCCUGGCCAUGGAGAUUCACACGAAAGUCAUAGCUCACAUGAAAGUCAUAGCUCACAUGAAAGUCAUAGCUCUCAUGAAUCUAAUAGCUCUCAUGAGAGUCAAACAUCCCACGAGUCUCACAGUUCUCAUGAAAGCCACAGUUCACACGAGACUUCAGGAAAUUCCGGAGAAGAUUCUGGAACAUUGGCUCCUGGAUAUCCAGGACAACCCGGAAAUAACGUCACUCCGGGAUUACCAAGCACAAAUUCCUCAACACCCAGUCCGACGAGUCAUCCAGGACCAACGCCAGGAAUUCCUGGCCAUGGCGAUUCUCAGGAAAACCACAAUUCUCACGAAAGUCAUAGCUCACAUGAAAGUCAUAGCUCUCAUGAAUCUAAUAGCUCUCAUGAGAGUCAAACAUCUCACGAGUCUCACAGUUCUCAUGAAAGUCACAGUUCACACGAGACAUCAGGAAAUUCCGGAGAAGAUUCUGGAACAUUGGCUCCUGGAUAUCCUGGAAAACCCGGAAAUAGCGUCACUCCUGGAUUACCAGAUACAAAUUCCUCAACACCCAGUUCUACGAGUCAUCCAGGACCAACGCCAGGAAUUCCUGGCCAUGGCGAUUCACAUGAAAACCACAAUUCUCACGAAAACCACAAUUCUCACGAAAGUCAUAGCUCACAUGAAAGUCAUAGCUCUCAUGAAUCGAAUAGCUCUCAUGAGAGUCAAACAUCUCACGAAUCUCACAGUUCUCAUGAAAGUCACAGCUCACACGAGACCUCAGAAAAUUCAGGAGAAGAAUCUGAAACACCAACACCAGGAUAUCCAGGACAACCUGAAAAUAAUGUAACUCCUGGAAUACCGAAUACAGGAAACACACAUGCUCCUGAAAUAAGCUCUACCAGUCAUCCAGGGCCAACUCCAGGAAUUCCAGGCCACGGAGAUUCACAUGAAAGCCAUAACUCACACGAAUCUCACUCUUCUCAUGAAUCUAACACCUCCCAUGAAUCCCAAUCAUCUCAUGAAUCCCACUCUUCUCACGAAUCUAACACCUCCCAUGAAUCCCACUCUUCUCACGAAUCCCACUCCUCGCAUGAAACAUCACAAGAAUCAGGCCAACCAGAGGCAGGAUUUCCUGGUCAACCAACUCAAAAACCAGGAUCAAGUUCUACCAGCAAUCCUUGCAUUUGUCCUGUAGAUUCAUCAAGUAACUCUGACAUUACAUUCGACAUAGAAAACUUUAUGGAAAAGAUAACUAAUCCAGAAGCCAGGCAGGAAUUAGAAGAAUUUCUCCAAAAUUGGGAAGUGAAGGUAAUUGUCAAGAAGAGGAAGUAG